UAAUGUAGAUCCAUUGAAACGCGAGGCCCGAGAAAACAUCACUAAACAGACCAUUUCGGCCACAAUUAACUCGAGGACUCGGACGGCGACAAUGUUACCACAGUUUCCCAAUUUAAAGGAACUUAUAUUAAAUAAUACAAUGGACAGGGACAAGAUAUCGACAUUUGUAAUGAUGUAUAGAACUCAUUGUCAACGAAUACUGGACACAAUAAUUAGGGCCAACUUCGAUGAGGUGCAGACAUUUCUAUUGCAUUUCUGGCAGGGAGUGCCCCCACAUCUCAGUCCUAUACUGCAAUCCAAUUCUGUCGUCAAUCUGAUCGGCGUUUGCGAUUCAAUACUAUAUAAAACAAUAGCCAAUGUAUUGCUGCCAUCCGUAUUGCAAACACUUCCCGAAAGUUUGACAAAAAUGAUGAGACAGUUUGCCGCAGAGCUGGACAGUUGGCUCCGUAUGUCUCUGUAUAAUUUGCCGGACACAUUGCGCUCGGUCAAACUAGAGCUGGCCCGCCGAUUCAGCCAGGUGAUGAAACGACAGACCUCGCUCAAUCAUCUGUCGCAGGCCUCGCGUAUGGUUGUCAACAACAACGAGAUUACUAUACAAAUGCUGAGAGACUGGCGACUAAUUGACGUAAAUAAUAUUUGCCGCGAAAUUCUGUGCGACUAUUUUAACGCCGAUAACAACACUAACGGCACCGACACUACCGGUGGUCAACAGCAGCACAACACCGGCGGUGAUACCGAUUCCGGCGAUAACAACACUAAUAACCCUGACAUAUGCUGUUCGUCCAUAAAGUUAAUUAUAAAAUUUUGUGAACAAUUUGAGCAUUUGCUGGAAGAAGAGGCACAGAUCGAGAACUACUUGGAGUGGUUGGAGAGUCUCGUCCAGAAAUGUCCGAGUCUUAAUAGCAGUCACUCGUCGACAAUACGGCGCUUUUCGCGACACUUUCUGCUGCUGUGGUCGGCGUUUGGUUCACGAGUCAUACGGGAUAUGACUUUACACAGCGCUCAGAGUUUUGGCUCUUUCCAUUUGUUGCGCCUAAUGUUUGACGACUAUGUCUUAUAUCUCGUUGAAUACUUACAACUCGACGAACAGAUGAAACAAUUUAUGAAACUCAUACCCAAUAACGAGCCCCCGGUCUUCACCGUCUUCUACUUCAAUGGUAUCUAUGACUUUGAGAUGUUGUCCAACCAAACGGUCAGCUCAUCGACGGUAGAGUACGAGCCGACUGUGAGCAGUAGUACCGGUGAUUUUGUGGCCACCGAUAGUCAAAACCACGAUAUGAUUGGCUCGACAUCAGUGGACACCAAUCAAACAGAUAUAACUGUCGCCCAAAAUAAUCCAUAUUCCUCUUCGUCUUCAUCUCCAUCUUAUAUCGCAUAUAAUUCAACGCAAAAUACAUACUCUAAUCAAAGUUUAAUAUAUGGCACUCAUGUCGAGCAACCGAUCCAAAGACACAAUCCGUCAAACUAUUGCUGGUAUUCAGCGUCUAAUAUGAACUCAAUGUACGACCAGUUCGAUGACCAACAGAUCUCUAAUGGCCACCAAUCGGUCAUCACAUCUGGUGGUCAGAUGUCUUCAAUGGUAUCGCAACCGGUGGUCAACGACCAGACAAUUGACGAGUUGACUGUUGUUAAUGGACACGAGUUUUACGAUUGCAUACAA